AUGUCGUUCCUCUACCCUAGACAAGAUACCCUCAAGGGAUGCUUUGCGUCCCCUUUUGGCAGCCGUCCUAGCAAGGCAGCGGACACCACGGCCAUGGCGAAACCUACGCGCUACCAGGCCCGCCCCGAGUUCUAUGGCGCAUUCUCCACCGUUGACGACGUCAAGGGCAAGGCGAAGCAGCUCAGCGCCGAGGCCACGGCCGAGUUUGAGAAGGCCAGCGCCAAGGCCCAGUCUGCGGCUGGCGGCAAGAUUGAGCUGUACUCUGGAAAGUACUAUGUUGCGUGCACCGUCGGUGGCCUCAUGGCCUGCGGCUUGACGCAUACCGCCGUCACUCCUCUGGACCUUGUCAAAGUGAGAAGACAAAUCGACUCGAAGCUGUACCGCGGAAACUUCCAGGCUUGGGGAAUGAUCUUCCGAAAGGAGGGUCUCCGCGGCAUCAUGACCGGCUGGGGCCCGACUUUCUGGGGCUACUCCGCCCAGGGAGCUUGCAAGUACGGAUUCUACGAAUACUUCAAAAAGACCUACGCCGACCUCGCGGGCCCCGACAACGCCAAAAAGUACCAGACGAUUCUCUUCCUCUCCGCCUCAGCCUCCGCCGAAUUCCUCGCCGACAUCGCUCUGUGCCCCUUUGAGGCUGUCAAGGUCCGCAUGCAGGGUGGUAUCCCGUCCCCCUAUAAGGGCACUCUCGACGGCAUCAGCAAGGUCACGGCUAAGGAAGGGUGGGGAGGCCUCUACAAGGGCCUGUACCCGCUCUGGGGCCGACAGAUCCCCUACACCAUGAUGAAGUUCGCCUCCUUCGAGACCAUUGUCGAGAUGAUGUACGCCCGCCUCCCGGGUCAAAAGUCUGACUACAGCAAGGCCGCCCAGACGGGCGUGUCGUUUGUCAGCGGUUACCUGGCAGGUAUCCUCUGCGCCAUCGUCUCCCACCCAGCCGAUGUCAUGGUCAGCAAGCUCAACGCGAACCGCGCGCAGGGCGAGGCGUUUGGUGCGGCCAUGGGCAGGAUCUACAAAGACAUUGGAUUCUCUGGCCUCUGGAACGGUCUGCCUGUCCGUAUCGUCAUGAUUGGUACCCUGACCGGCCUGCAGUGGAUGAUCUACGACUACUUUAAGAUCUUCAUGGGCUUCCCCACCACCGGAGGAGCAGCUCCCCCCGCCGAGAAGAAGUAA